CAGUCAGGUCAACAAGAUACAACCACAAGGAGCCAGGACUGAAGCAGAGGAUCACUCACUCUCAGACACACAUUUCUUCUCAUCUACCCGCACAUUAACAGGAACAGGUCACAAUGUUUGCCAUCCACUCCCUGGCUGGUCUUCUCCUCCUGGUCAUCAUACAGAGCAGUUGGCAGGUCCCUCUACAAGAGGCUGAGGACAACUCAAGCUUAGAGACAGCAGACUCACUAUUGGAGGCUUUGAGGGGCGUGUCUAACGUGAAGAGACAUUCAGAGGGAACCUUCUCUAACGACUACAGUAAAUACCAGGAAGAUAGGCGGGCUCAGGACUUUGUUCAAUGGCUUAUGAACUCCAAGAGGAGUGGUGCUCCAUCCAAACGCCAUGCCGACGGGACCUACACCAGUGACGUGAGCACCUACCUACAGGACCAGGCGGCCAAGGACUUUGUGUCCUGGCUCAAAUCAGGACGGGCCAGACGAGAAUCUGCUGAGGAGAGCAGGGGGAAUGAUCCAAUGAGCAGAAGACAUGUAGAUGGAAGCUUCACCAGCGACGUGAACAAGGUCCUAGACAGCAUGGCCGCCAAAGAGUAUUUACUCUGGGUCAUGACCUCCAAACCCUCAGGGAAAAGUAACAAACGUCAAGAAGAUCAUUGAAAGAAGACAAACGCUUCCUUGUUCAAGAGAAACUUGGAUACUGUGCUACAAAUGAUAAGCCUUGACAAAAACUAAAAGCCAUAGUAAAAAGCCAUACUGCUUAGCAUUGUUGUAACGUUGAUACAAUGUUGGAAAUUCUUAGAUUGUUUACUCUACAUAAUGUGAUAAUAAAAAAA